AAACGGCAACGCCAAAAACAUUGCUCAAGAAGGUAUCUUCAUUUAUCUUCUCGUUUGUGGACAUUGUAAACAAAUAUUUUAAUUUAAUACAGGACGCAAACUUGUCCUAAACAAUCAUAUAAUGGCGAAAACGAGUGAGUCCGUAGAAAUUGGUCCCCGACGGAAGAGUACAGUAUGGACAAGAGAAAAGAUUACCCAGUUAAUUGAGUUGUACCGGCAACAUGAUUGCUUAUGGAAUCAUUACACUGAGGCAUAUAAAAAUAAAGAAAAGCGAACAAAAGCUAUUGAGGAUAUAUGCUCAAAUUUACGCAUCACAAAAAUGGAUUUUGGAAAAAAGAUUCAUAACUUGCGCAAUCAGUUCAACUCGGAGAUGAAAAAACUUGAACGAAGAGUUGAGGAAACAGGAGACGACACUGAGUCAAAAACAGAAGGUUGUCGGUGGAAACAUUUCCAAGCCCUUAAAUUUCUUCGAGAUGUAAUUGAGCCUCGUCCUGGCGGCUAUCAAUCUAAAAUGCGUAGAAUGGAUUCAAAUAUAAAGUAUGAUAUAACAAGCGAAGACGAAACUGAGCAACAAAGUACAAAACCAGCCAAUGUACAAAAUUCUAAUGACACAUUAGAGCAAAUCACACAGUAUCAAUUUGAAGAUUCGAUUAUGGUCAGUGAUUAUGAAGUAGGCGUUGUUGAUCACGUAUCGCCAAGCAAAACCAAAAACUGCAAUGCACAAAGAAAUGAAAGUACGACUUCAAUGUUGGUGAUCGGGAGCAAAGGCAGCCAUUAUCUUCCAUCCAAACAAGCAAGUCAACGCGUCAAAUGCAACGAAGACCAUAAUAGAGUUUGUAAUAAACAGGACCAAAUAUCCCCGCAGCGACUGAAAUCUCAAUGUCAGGAAAUAUCUAUUGAAGAUUCACAGCAUGAGCAAGCCACCAACUACCACCAUAAUCCCAAGGGAGAUCAAUGUGGGCAAAACACUAGCGACAUAGUAAGUAAAAAAAGUUUAGAUGACACCUGUAUGAUCCUAAGAUCACGAGACCAAUGGGACGCUUUUGGGGAAUUGAUUGCUACAGAAUUUCGUCAUCUCAAUUCCGAUACAUCACGAAAGAAGCUCAAGCGUAAGAUAAUGCAAGCCAUGCUGGAAGUUGGCGAAGAAGACGAUCUGAUUUCUAUAUGAAUUUGAUAGUAUCUGUUUUCUAAAGAUGGCUUAUCUACCAUUGUGUGAAUCGAAGCACUAUUUAUUCCUUUCAUUUGUCAUAUGCUGAUAGCAGUAAUACAGACAAAAAACUUGUGCAUGUAUGAUAUCAUAUUUUGUUUUUGCUUGUUAAAAUUUUUGUAAUGGUCUAAUCUAAUAAAAAAUAAG